UGCGAAAAUCCCCAAUUCGCAAAGCAAAAUCUCAUAACCUAUUCGCCAGGAGGACAGAGGCACAGAGCUACCGCACGACGAAGAGCUUUUGCCGCCCGCCGAAGACCGCAACCUGUCAUUCCACACUUCCACAAAAGCCCGACAGGAGAUUCUUUUGAUGGACAAUCUUGUAGACUCUCUAAACAGUGCAUACCUAGAAUUUGUUGCUGCAGCAGCCAAUGUACUUGAAGCAAAGGAGAGCUCUGGUGCUCAAAAAAUUGCGGUGACUGAUGCUGCUUUAGAAAACUUUAAGCAACAUUGGGAGUUGUUCAGAGUUGCUUGUGAUCAAGCAGAGGAGUUUGUGGAGUCUGUAAAGCAAAGAAUUGGGUCCGAGUGUUUGGUAGAUGAGGCCACUGGCUCCGUUUCUGGUAAGCCCGGGCAGCCUGCUACAAGUGGGCUACAGCCCAUCAGUGCAGUUCGGCUGGAGCAGAUGAGUAAAGCUGUCAGGUGGUUAGUGAUUGAACUGCAACAUGGUUCUGGGACCGGUGGCGCAUCAUCACACCCCCACCCUUCCGCUCCCUUCGACGCUCGAUUUUCUGAAGAUGCAGCUCAAUAGGGAAUUGCUGAAAGGAUGCAGUUGUAAAGCACACCAUGAUGCCUCAAGGUCACAUUACAUUGUUGAACAUCCCGGGUAUACUUAUUGUAAGAUACUAAGAUAGCGUGUUUUUAAAUUGUUGCAUACAUUGUUCGGAUAUAUAUUUCUUAGUUAUAACUGCUUUGGCUCCUAUGAAGGGGACUGAGAGAGGGAAAUGAAAGGAGAAAGGAAUUAGAUAGGUAUUUCUAUGAGGUAGAACAAACCCCUUCCCCUUUGUGGAGAGAAUAUGUGGUAUUUCUUCUUUGUUGCCUUGCAAUCGUGUAUCACAUCGGCUUUCCUUCGGGUCAUCCCAAAGUGCUCAUAAGUUGUAAGCAAGUGAUCAUUAUUUUUACAUGUGGUUUUCUUGAAUCGUUCAAAA